UCUGCUGCUUUUUGGGAUUCACGCUGAGGUUAAUAAAGCCCCGCCCCCUCCUGCAGACCACGAUGACCGACCUGGAGACCUCGAUGGCGACCAUCAUCGCCGUGUUUCAGAAGUAUUCGGAGCGAGAAGGCGACAAGCACAAGCUGAAGAAGAGCGAGCUGAAAGAUCUGCUUCACGACGAGCUGCCGGAGCUGAUGGCGCAUGUUAAAGACCAGGCCACGCUGGACAGCCUGAUGGAGAGCUUGGAUACCGACGGCGACGCCGAGUGCGACUUCCAGGAGUUCAUGACAUUCAUCUCCAUGGUUACCGUCUGUUGCCACGAGUUCUUUAAGGACGAGGACGAGUAGAGGAGGAGGACAAAGAUGGAGAGAGAGAAUAAAUUAUAAUAAAAGAAGAAGAAGCAGAGCAGCGCAGGGGGGGAAACACACAUUACCAGUAAGGUUUGGCUACUGGCUGCCAGUUAAACCAGUUAGUCGACACUUUUUCAUCUUCUAGGUUUCUCGUACAGUCUUUAAAAUGACUUCGAGAGCACAAAAAACUUGCUACUGACUUAUAAAAGUAAAUAAAAGUUAAAUAGAUGAACAGCUUUAGUAAUAUUCUGCAGGAAUGAGCUCGUAAGUGAGUUAAAAAAUAGUCUAAAAACUGUCAGAUCAUCAUCAUCAUCAUUCAUUUUAAGAUUUGAUUUGUUAUAAAAAUGAUCAAUUUGGCUAAAAAAAAAAAAGGGCAACUGUGUCAAAAUGCUUAAAAUAAUUAAAACUUUUUGAUA